AUGCGGGACAUUGUCAUGUCGAUGGAGAAUGUUUUGCGCAAGUACCCAGGUCUCAAGUCAACGAAGCAGGGAAUGCUCGAGCGGUACAUCGUAAAACCCGAUGACGAUGCCAAACAUGAUCACGUUGUGGUGAGCGGUCUAGUUGCUAAUCCAUCUGAGCUGAAACGAAAGCGACCCAAGAUGCCAUGGUUGCCUCUAGAUUUCGACUGGUAUAUCCAGCGCGCGUGGGAAAAUCCGGGGAAGCUCGAAGAACUUCAAGCACAGAAGAUCACGCUUCAGUUACCCCAUCGAGUGGAUGUGUUGAGGCAGCUCGUAGUCAGCAGUGAAACUCGCCAAUUGCCAGCGCUGUGGACACUGUCGUAUUCGAAGGAAGCAUCAGAGAUUGUGCUUCGCAUACACAGCGACAUAUCAGGGCUGUGCUACCAUGUGCCCCUGCGGAUUACUGUCCCAAAGGAAUUUGUCAUGCAGCACGGCGACUCCAUUCAGGCUGGUGUUUUAGUGCUCUCGGUUCUCUCCUCGCUGAUUCCAACCGACAUCGCUAAAACUGCCGUGGAGAUGGCGCUAUCUGUAUCAAGCACUGCACUAGAUCACGCACAGACAGUCAACUCGAUUCUCGCAAAGGCAGGUUUGAGUCCAGGCAAAGCAAGGUCGGCGACGGAGUUUGACAUGCCUAUAUCAUCGCGGGCGGCCCUUCUUCGUGAUAUCCUGAAGCUCCAUGACUCAAAUUUCGACCACUUGAAGGUUAGCGAGUUGUCCAACUUGCGCUCUGCUGCUCACAACGAGACUGGUCGUUUUGUAUGGGUACACGAGCGAGAGCUCGAGGAGAUGAAAGAUCACCUCACGCCGCGUGACCUGCCUCCGCCACCACCCGCCUCCAACUCAAUCUCUACAACAACCUCAACUCCAAUUCCUCUCCCAACCCAUUCUCCAAAGGCGACGCGAGUCUCCACGCCAGUUGUCUCGCCAACCUCCACGACAAUUGUCCCAUCAACCUCCAGGCCAAUUGCCACGUCAAUCUCCAUCCGUGUGACCAAGUUGGUGUGGCCGGGUCGUGCGAAGGGUCGAAAGAAGAUCUACUGCGAGUGGGAGAUCGUCCAUCAGCUUAAACGGGCGGGCAACGGCAAAACUGAGGAAGCAGCAGAUCUGGGAGCAGAUAUCGAAUGGACGUCUCAAUCCGAGAAAUUGGUCAACGUGUCAUCGAUCAUAAUGCUGCAAGAAAGCACGGUGAAGAUCUUUGUGAAGCAGCGGCGUCAUCUCUUAAGGUGCGUGAUACCUGGUGCGUUAAGGGUGUUGGAUCAGUGA